UUCAUUUGCGUUAUUUAUGUUACGUUAUUUUUUAUUAUUUAACAUCAUAUACUUACCGUACAUUACAAAACUAAAUAAGUUUAUAACAUCAUGAACUCGGGUUAAUGAAUUCAAGCUUUAUGAAAUGACUCAUUCAGCGGAUCGGAGCUUGUGUGUAUAAUAUUGUGUUUAUAUAUUAUGGUGCUAUAAUAUAACUGCUCUGUAAUGGAUACGCCACCAAUUCCGAAACCAAGAACGACUGUUAUUACGACAGACGAAACUACAAAAAAGCCCGUCCCAUUACCGCGAACAAAACCACCGACAAAUAACGAUAAAGUAACUGCUACAGAUAUAUUACGUUCUUUAAGCACAGUAUCUAAACAAAUAACGGAAGAUGUAGCACAAAAAGUUACUAGUUCGGCCAAAACGGCAAAUGAAAAAUUUGAAAAAACUUUAAAUGAUGGCUCUAGAAUUGCUAAAGGAACUUUCGAAAGAACGCUUACAACUUCCAGAGCAGUCAGAGAUUCCGUCACUAGAUCUGUUAUUAAAAACACUAAAAAUGCCAGUCUUAAAUUAGGUUUCACUAAUAAAUCUAGCGAUAGUAGUGAGAGUGACAAGGAGACCCAGAGGCCAGCGUCAAUGCCUGUUGUGGAUGUUAGCUUAUUUGAUAAUAUUCAAUUUCAUUCCCCAUUAUUAGAACAAAAAAGACUAAAUGAUCAGCUUGCAGAGAACAAUCCAUCAACUCAAUUAAAUGCAAGCCACCUAGAUGAUGUAUCAAUUUUUUCCAAUAAUUCUGAUUCUAAUACAGAUUCUGUUAGCAAUUUUUCUUUUGACAUUAGAGACAAUGAUCACCAUGAUAGUAACUUUAACCUAAAAAAUGAAAUGACUUAUGACACUCCAAAAGCAUCAAGAACAAACAGCAUAGCGAGUGACAUAUCUAUACCUGAAGUGCCAAGUCGAAGAAAGAAAAGGGCUAGUAGUUUCGAAGUUAUGAGACAAAAUUCUUUGUAUGAAAACUGGAACUUCCCGUGUUCAUCAUCCUCUCAUGACCUCAAAUGCAACAUUCCGGAAAGUUCCAGACCAAGCAAAAGUACAAUUUACGAGUUUGAUCCCUUAAACAAAUGUACAACAGAAGAAAAAUUUAAUGGAAUAAGUAAUGAAAAUUUACUGUUAGAAUAUUUUUUGGUGGGUGACACAUAUGGCACAAUUGUAUCGAAUGAAACUAGCGGUGAUGACCACAAUUAUGAAUUUGAUGAAAGAGAGUAUUUCAAUCCACCGACACCUCCUGAAAGAUUUGACAGCUUACUGUUUAAUGAUAUAUCAGUGGAGACUCCAGCAAAAAAGAAUAGUUGCUGGUAUGAUGAUGAAAGUACCAUUUCUGAUAUUGAUGAGACAAAGCCAUCAGGGUCUAUGAUACAAAGAUUUUCAUCAAUGUUAAAAAAAGACAAGGUAGCUACUAAAUUGAAUAAACAGGGUGUCGACAAAAUUAAUUUAGUUGAGAGACCAGCUAUUAAUAUUCUACCAGUACAAUAUUACAGUGGUAUGAUUACAAAAGUGGUUUCUGGUGUUGUAGAAGAUUUGUUUAGAAACUCCCAAACUCGCUUCUGUUCACUAUCUGAUAAAAAACUCAUGUGUUACACGGAUCCCACAAAUUCCAUUCUAAAGGAAUCAUAUACUCUUGAGAGCAUUACCGUUGUACAGAUUGUCUUGCCCUUGUCAUCAAGUACCACAAACAAUUCCUAUUGUUUCGAGCUAAUGGUAUCAAAUGGUGUGAAAAGUAGCCCUCGAAAAGUGCUAUUUAGCUGUGCAAGUGCAUCGGAACGCAGAAACUGGGCACAAAAAAUAGCUGAACAUUUGAUGAAUGGUUUCCCCAAUAAAUAUACAAGCGAAUUUACUAGAUGUGGAUGGUGCUAUUUAAAGGAAGGAGUGAGCGGGGAGUGGCGGGGAGCCUGGCUUAUGCUCAUCCGCCGAGUAUUAGUUUACUCAGUGGAUUCGGAAAUGACGCGAAACGUCGAUCUGAGGAAGACUAGAUGCGUCGUAACUAGAGACCCCGAUGAUAACACAAAAAAUUUGUGUCCCUCUGAUGGAAGUCCUAAUCUUCUGUUAGAUUGUCCAGAUGUCACACUUUAUUUGAGGUUUCAACACGAAAGAGACUUAAAAGGUUGGAUGUUUAUGAUCAAGUUAGCUGCACAUAACAAUGGUGCAAAAAUUCAUCACCAGCAGUUGACGAAAAAUGACGUUCCUACUAUAGUUGACAAGUGCAUCAAUUUUAUAUACUCUCACGGAAGUUUGUCUGACGGUAUAUACCGGCGAGCCGGGAGCAAUGUGGUACUCUCAGAGCUCCUCGCAAAGUUUCGACGAGAUGCGUGGUCCGUACAACUCAUCCCAGGGCAACAUUCCGAACAUGACGUUGCUGGAGUUUUAAAACGAUUUUUCAGGGACUUGCCAGAAUCACUGCUUCCGCAAGACCAACGGGCAGAGUUCAUAGCAGCCUCUGAUAUGAAGGACGCGGAACGUCGUGCCGAGUAUAAGCGCCUUGUGACAUCUCAACAGCUAGUGGUAUACAAUACAAUGAAGAAGUUAUUUGCUCACUUACACUUCAUUCACACAAUGUCCCAUGCUAACAAAAUGGGUGCUUAUAAUCUUGCGGCCAUCUGGGCUCCAACAAUCAUGCCUGCUGCUGUGACGAGUACAAAUCUACAAACUGCUUGGUCGACUAAAGAAUUAAAUGUAGUACGUGAUCUAAUAAUCGACUACGAGUCUAUUUGGGAACCGACAAAAGAGGAAUUGAGAAGGGAGGCAGCUGUAAGGAGUAUUCUCACUCGAGUUAUGAACACUACAGCCCCAACGCCGCCUAAAGCUGCCGGCGAUUUACGAGUCUGGGUUUACAUUAACGACAAAUCCAAUUGCUAUCAAAUUCCUUUGACUCCGAACAAGACCUGCUCAGAUGUUUGCAUAGAGUUGUGUAAGAAAGCAAAUUGUGAAUCCCAUUUACUAACGUUAGAAGAGGUUAUAUGUAAUUCGAUGCGUCGAGUCAUCCAUGUCGACGAAAUCGUACUCGAUGUGGUACUCCGAUGGGGUUACUGGGACGAGGAAGACAGAAAAGAUAAUUAUCUACUGCUGAAGGAGAAUAAAAUAUUGCACGAAUUAGACGCGCUAAGACAUGGCACGUCUUUAGUAUGCGGCGAACUACGCUACGCCAACGAGUCUAACAAAACAUUUAAACAAUACAUGUUUGAGUUUAAAAAUGGCAAACUUUGCUAUUUUAAAGAUAAACAGGGAUCCCAUAAGGUCGAGGAAUGGCACAUCAAAGACAUACUUUGGUACGUCGGACACGAGCCAAAAAGAAAUCCACAGUCUCGUUGGUCCAUAACGUUUAUUCCUAGAAAUAAUAAACAAAAAAGGAGUAAAGACCGCCCUUGGUUCGGUACUACAAUAGCAGGCUCUGUAACGGAAGAUCAACUCAAGUGGAUGACUGCUAUGAUGUUUGCCGAACACGAUAAUAUCUUACCCAUACCACAAUUGGUUGUAACUUAGACUUUUACGUUCAAUAUUUACAUGUUUGAAGACGUAAGUGGUUGCUAGUAACAUUUUCAAAAUGUUUCUUCUUUUUGUAAGUGGAGGCUUUAGGGCUGAGAAAAUGAUUAGCUAUAAAAAAUAUGGAUGUUAUGAUACUAAAGUAUAAUAUAUGAAAUCCAAUUUUUUGACGGUCUAAGGGAGCGAACUCACGGCGCGGUUUUUUCCCGCGCCGGCUGCGGU